AUGGAGAAGGCUUUUAAGUUUCUAGGUUGUACCGAAGAGCAGAAGCUUACCUGUGCUGGUUAUGAGCUUCAGUCUGAAGCAGAAGCUUGGUGGGAGACAAAUAGGCCUAUCUUAGAGGCUGCCCACCCAGUUCUGACAUGGGAGAUCUUCAAGCAAGCCUUCUUUGGAAACUACUUUCCCACCAGUGUAAGAAAGAAGAAGGAAAUUGAAUUGGCUGAGUUGACACAGGGACCUAGAUCAGUGUUGGAAUACCAACAGAAGUUCGAGGAGCUUUUCUUCUUUGCUCCUCCUCAUCUAAACACUGAUGAAGCUAAAGCUCAGAAAUUUGAGGAUGGGUUGAGGCCACAAAUUGCCUCCAUCAUGACUACUCGAACCACCCAGGGUUACUCUGAGGUAGUACAGCUGGCAAAGAGAGUGGAAGAUAAACAAAGAGAUGCCUAUCAAGUAAACCAAGGCCUUGGCAAGAGGUCUGUACCAUUUGGAGACAGAGAAUACAAGAAGUUCUCCAAGCCCUCCUAUUAUAGCUCAGCUCCAUCUCAGUCUCAAAAGAGUGAUUCCAAAUCAUCGGCCCCCAGGCCGGUAUAUGCAAACCCCACCAUAAGGGCUAUUGAAGCAUCGAUACCUGCUGCCAAUCAAGAAGCCAAAUGCUAUAAUUAUGGUCAAGCGGGCCACUUUUCAAGGUCCUGUUACAACCAGAGACCCAUACUCCCUUAUCGACAACAAGGAAAUCAGCCUCAGGGGCGAGUUAUCUUCGUCUCUGCUGAUGAUGCUAGGGCAAACCAGACAGUUGCUAUAGGUAUCACCCUUGUCUAUGCAUCAUUAGUAUAUUCAUUGUUUGAUAUCAUGCAUGUGUACACACUAAGUCCCUAUCAUAUAGGUACCAUUCUUGUUUGUUUAUCACCAGCAUAUGCACUGUUUGACACCCAUAGGGUCAGUGAUAGAACUAAGCACGGUAUCUGGACCAUGUUCAGUAAAGAUUUCUGGCCAGGAGAUGAUUGCCCAUUUAAUUCAGCUUGA